AUGUACAAUAGUAAUGAGUCAAGAAGAAAUACUACCUCUCUAAUACAUUCAGCCAGACAGGUCUCGGUACCUCCAAUUGAUAGAUCUAUUCAUUUGGUUGGAUCUAAGAAGUCGACAAGAAACUUGAGUUUACCAAGAAAUGAUUUACUAGAAACUAAUAGAGAAUCUAGUAAUAUAUGCUUUAAAGGAAGUAUGAAUAAGGGAUUACUUUCAAGUUGCAUAGGAAGUAAUCAACAGAAAAGUCAUCGGGAUUGUGUUGAUUCUAGUGAAUUGCAAGACACAAUUAGGCGAUAUCGUGAUUGCUAUUCUCAAUUGCGUCAAUUAUUUGAGAAGCUAAAGGAGCAGAAUGAAAUUCUGCAAUCUGAAAAUGCUAAACUUGACGCAGCUUUACAAGAAGCCAAUGAAUCUCUUGCAAAAAGUAGAAAUAUAGACUUGAAUAUACUAAACAAUAAUUUAAAAUAUAACCAACAGUGUCUAGAUGCUUGUGUGCACUUUAUAUCAUUUAUUCUGGAUUACUUAUCAAAAAAUAUUGCUAAACCCAGUUUGGAUGUGGCAAGGACUCUUGUUCGAAGGGCAAUACUCCAAAGAAUAUAUUUAUUAGAGUCUAAAUUAGAUAAUUCUAUACAGCAUCUUCAGAAAGUAGUUUCAACUCCAGGCUUAUCAAUAAAAUCUACUUUGAAUAACCAAGAUACUCAAUCAACUGAAAUUGGUACUUUAGAUAUUGAGAUACCCAGCACUGGUGGAAACUAUACAUCUAUCAAAGAUAUUGGUAGUCAUCUUAAUAUGAGACCAUCUGGUUCCCAAGAUUUUAUUUCAAGUUCUGAUUAUAAUAUAGGUAGCAUAGUAAAUGCUUCAAAAGUGUCUAGGAGUAACGCGUUAGUUAAAAGUAUAGAAAAGAUAUCCAAUAAGGGUAUUAUAUAUGGGAAUCAAGAUAUGGUUAAUGAUAGAAAAUAUCCAUCUAAGCUAAUUUCAACUGAAAGGUUAAUAGAGGAUGAUGCAAAAUGUAAUUUAUGUUCUUUAAUAACUGGAACUUCGAGGAUCCCAGCAGAGAAACCUACCAUUGCCUCAACUAGAGCGUAUCACACUUCAAAUUCAACAUCUAUAGUUAUUUCUCAAGGACAACAAAUACCUGGAACAAGAUCAAGCUCAUAUUCAGUAACAUCUCUAAAUAAUACUAUAGUAGCUAGUCCAAAAAGUUCUACAACCACAAAAUCUCCAACAAGUCCUAUAGCUAGUCCGAAAAGUCCUACAACUACAAAAUCUCCAACAAAUCCUUUAACUAGUCCAAAAAGUUCCACAAGAUCUCCAAGUCCUAUAACAACUAGACCGAAAAGUUCUACAGCUACAAGACCUCCAAGUCCUACAACAACUAGACCGAAAAGUUCUACAGCUACAAGGUCCCCAACAAGUCCUAUAACAACUAGACCGAAAAGUUCUACAGCUACAAGGUCCCCAACAAGUCCUAUAACAACUAGACCGAAAAGUCCUACAACUACAAGAUCUCCAAAUUCUAUAAAUAAUCCGAAAAUUUCUACAAGACCUCCAACAAAUCCUUUAACAACUAGUCCAAAAAGUUCUACAGCUACAAGAUCUCCAAAUCCUAUAACAACUAGCUCAAAAAGUCCUACAACUACAAAAUCUCUAACAAAUCCUAUAACAACUAGCUCAAAAAGUCCUACAACUACAAAAUCUCUAACAAAUCCUAUAACAACUAGCUCAAAAAGUCCUACAACUACAAAAUCUCUAACAAAUCCUAUAACAACUAGCUCAAAAAGUCCUGCAGCUACAAGAUCUCCAAAUCCUAUAACAACUAGUUCAAAAAGUCCUACAACUACAAAAUCUCCAACAAAUCCUAUAACAACUAGAUCAAAAAGUCCUACAACUACAAAAUCUCUAACAAAUCCUAUAACAACUAGCUCAAAAAGUCCUACAACUACAAAAUCUCUAACAAAUCCUAUAACAACUAGUUCAAAAAGUCCUACAACUACAAAAUCUCCAACAAAUCCUAUAACAACUAGUUCAAAAAGUCCUACAACUACAAAAUCUCCAACAAAUCCUAUAACAACUAGUUCAAAAAGUCCUACAACUACAAAAUCUCCAACAAAUCCUAUAACAACUAGUUCAAAAAGUCCUACAACUAUAAGAUUUUCAAAAAGCCCUGAAGUAGCAACGAGAUCUUCAAAGAGCUCUGUAGCAACAUCUUCAAAAAUUUCGACAGUGUCUUCAAAAAAUCCUACAUCAAUACCUGUAAAAGAUCCCAUAGUAACUUCCUCAAAAAGUUCUACACUAGCAACAUCUUUGAAAACCCCCCAAGCAACUAUUGCAGUUAAUAAGUCUAUAGAUGCUCCUACAACUUCUAAAUCUCCAGUAUCUCAAAGUGCCUCAAUAGGAGCAUCGAAAACAUCUACCACUAGCACUAAAAGAGUUUCAAUCAUGGGAUCAAAAAGACAAUCUGUGCCUCUAGAAACUUCAAAAGUUCCAAUAACAGAACGAGAAGUUACUAGGACAAUGAAAAAACCGGUCUCAACAAGCGAAAGACUAUCCUCAGUCAAUAAAAUAGAGAAGAUUUCCACUCCUCUCAAUAAGCCAGAAGUAGCUUCUGAGAAAUUAACGUCUAAAAUUAAUGAGCCAGACUCCAAUAAUAGUGGAGAGAUACAUUUGACAGAAAAUCCAGAUUUAGUGAAGUAUACAGAAGGUAGGAACAAUACAGAUAUUAAAGGCAUUGUUGAGGAUCCAAACAUUGCAGGAGAUACUGGAGUACUUCAAGUUCUAGAAAAAGGAUCUACAACCUCUGAAGACCCAAGAGUGUAUUCUAAAGUAGUUAAAGCUACAGGGAUACUACCUGCUAUUCCAAAAAUAGCCUCUAAGAAUCAAGAAAAAUCUGUAUAUAUUCCAACCAAGGUUACAGUUCAAUCAACAGCACUUAAUGAGAGUUCUGUACAUAAUUUAUCUCACGAUAAAACUAUUAUAAAUACAAAAUCCUCUGUUCACGAAUUACAUCAUAUUACUGGAAAUGAGCAAUUAAAGAGUGUAUCGAGUUCAGAUAAAUUGUCAAAUAAAGUAUCAGGUAAAGAAACUAAUAAAGCUUUAGAAGACCUAUCUAAAGUAGCUCUAAAAGUACAUAAGGAUAAUCCAGAGAUUCCAAAGACAGUGCCAAUACCACCAAAAACUACACCAUUUUCCCCAAAAGCAAACCCACUAAAAUCUAAGACAGAUACAGAUGUACAUGAGAAUAGUCCAGAGACUUCAGAAAUUACACCAUUAUCCCCAAAAAUAACCCCAUUAAAACCUAAGGCAAACACAGAAAUGCAUAAGGAUAAUCCAGAAAUUUCAAAAACAGCACCAAUAUCUCCAAAAACUGCAUCAUCAUCCCCUAAAAUAACCCCAUUAAAACCUAAGGCAAACACAGAAAUGCAUAAGGAUAAUCCAGAGAUUCCAAAAACAGUACCAAUACCACCAAAAACUACACCAUUAUCCCCUAAAACAACUCCAUUAAAAUCUAAGGCAGACACAGAAAUGCAUAAGGAUAAUCCAGAGAUUCCAAAAACAGUACCAAUACUAUCAAAAACUACACCAUUACCCCCUAAAGCAACUCCAUUGGAACCUAAGGCAGACACAGAAGUACAUAAGGAUAAUCUAGAAAUUCCAAAAACAGUACCAAUAUCACCAAGAACUACACCACUACCUCCUAAAGCCACUCCAUUAGAAUCUAAGGCAGACACAGAAAUGCAUAAGGAUAAUCCAGAAAUUUCAAAAACAGCACCAAUACCUCCAAAAACUGCAUCAUCAUCCCCUAAAACAACUCCAUUAGAAUCUAAGGCAGACACAGAAAUGCAUAAGGAUAAUCCAGAAGUUCCAAAAACAGUACCAAUACUAUCAAAAACUACACCAUUACCCCCUAAAGCAACUCUAUUAGAAUCUAAGGCAGACACAGAAAUGCAUAAGGAUAAUCCAGAAGUUCCAAAAACAGUACCAAUACUAUCAAAAACUACACCAUUACUCCCUAAAGCAACUCUAUUAGAAUCUAAGGCAGACACAGAAAUGCAUAAGGAUAAUCCAGAAGUUCCAAAAACAGUACCAAUACUAUCAAAAACUACACCAUUACCCCCUAAAGCAACUCUAUUAGAAUCUAAGGCAGACACAGAAAUGCAUAAGGAUAAUCCAGAAAUUUCAGAAACAGCACCAAUACCUCUAAAAACUACACCAUUAUUCCCAAAAACAACUUCAUUAAAAUCUGAAGCAAACAUAGAAGUACAUGAGAAUAGUCAGGAAGUUCCAAAGAUGGCACCAAUAUUACCAAAAACUACAUUAUUACCCCCUAAGACAACUUCAUUAAAAUCUGAAGCAAACAUAGAAGUACAUGAGAAUAAUCAGGAAAUUCCAAAGACAGCACCAAUGCCAUCAAAAAUUGCACCACUAUCCACAAAAGCAAUUUCAUUAAAGUCUGAAGUAGACACAAAGAUACAUGAGGAUAAUCCAGAGAUACCAAAGACAGUACCAAUACCACCAAAAACUACACCAUUAUCACCAAAAACAGCCCUAUUAAAGUCUAAGGCAACACCAGAGGUAGAGCACACUACAGACAACCCGAAUAUAGCACCAAUACUACCAGAAAAUACACCAUUAACUCCAAUAUUACCAUCUAAAACUACUACUUUAAGUCCAAAAAUAAUUCCACGACAAUCUAAGCCAAUUCAAGAGAUACAAGGAAAUAUUGAGGAUAAUGCAAAAGUAGCACACAUAUUAUCUAAAACUAUUCCAUUAAUACCAAAAACAACUCCAUUAAAAUCUAAGGUAGUCUUAGAUGCACAUGAGGAUACUCCAGAGUUUUUAAAAGCAGUAGCAACAUCACCAGAAACUGCACAAAUACUAUCAAAAAUACCUCCAAAAUCUAAAAUAGUUGCAAAAGCACAUGAAGAUAUUGAGGAAGCCACAAAUGUAGCACAAAUACAGCCCAAAAUUAUUCCAUUAGCUCCAAACACAGCCCUAUUAAAAUCUAAGGUAAUGUCAGAGAUACAUAAGGACAGUACAAAUAUUCCGAGUACAGUGCCAAUCCCACCAAAAGCUCCAUCAUUAGAAUCAAGAGCAGCAAUAUUAAAGGUAGAUAGUUCCAAUCAAAUCCAUGAGAAACCCGAAAAUAUAAUAGAUGGAAUCAAAGAACCGGCUGAAGAGAUUGAAAGAAUAAUUGGUGAUGUACAGAAAAUUAUACCAAUGACAAAAACAAUAGUAUCAAAAGUUUCUACUAUUUCUCCAGUAUCUACAAAAGUCUCUCCUAUCAUAUCAGAGACUAAUAUAGAUACAGAGCAAUUGAAUAACAUCCCAAAAGCUAAAGAUACUUCAAAUUCUGAUAUUUCUAAUGCAACUCUAUCCAUAAACAACACUCCAUAUUUGAAAAUGCCAGCAACACUUAUAAAAACAGCUGGGCUACCUUUAAGAACUCCAGUACCUAAAAUGACUCCUUUAUCAAAAUCAGUAUUGAGACCUACUUCAGAGCAAGCACCAUUAAAGGCUAAUACUGAGUUAUUAGGAAUCAAAGAACUAUCUGGAUCUCUUGAAAUUGAUAAAGUCUCCAAGUUUGCAAUUAAAAGUAAAGAUAUUGUCCCAAAAGCAAAAUUAGAACCUUUAAUUUCAAAAUCUGAUCUAAUUACAAAGAAAAUUCUUAUACCAACAUCUACUUCACUAAUUAAAAAGGCUUCUAUAAUAACUCCAAAAGCUAAAUUUGCGACAUUAACCCCCAAAUCAUCAACAUGA